AUGGAUCUCGAAAUCUAUUGUCGUGUGUUUCGAGUUCCAGACGCCAUCGUUGAACCAGACGAUGAUGCUUCAUUCUCAAGCAACAUGGUUUCCAUCAGAGUCAUAGUCACCUUCAUGCCUUAUUCCGAUUCAGAAACGGAGGAAGAAGAGGAUGAUGAUGAAGGUGAGACUAGUGAGCGUACGUUCCUAGUGGAACGGCAGCGUUUCUUGCUUGAAGAAACAUCCAGGUCUACUGUACGUCAAAUUUUUCUCGACAUGAAUGUUCCUCCUCAGGAAUUCUGGAUAAAUUACAUUCUUUGUGACGUUCGUCAUUAUGAAAGAUGCAAUGUGGGUUCUGAGAAGGUGUUGCAUUUGGAGGUUGAAAUUGAAGUUCCCGUUCAAACACAUACCAGUGAUGGUUUAGGUCCAGUGCCUGCAACUAAAUCUUCCAUUGAUGCUUUGGAGACUGUGAAAGUUGAAGGAUCUGUGAAUCAACGGUGCUCCAUUUGUUUAGAGGAGAUUUUAAUUGGUUCAGAAGCAAUUUGCAUGCCAUGUUCACAUCUUUAUCAUCGUAGUUGCAUAUGUAAUUGGCUAGAAAGGAGUAGAGUUUGUCCAAUGUGUAGAUUUGAGGUUGUUUAGUUAGUUUUUAGUAUGUAGUUUUUUUUUUUUUUUAAAGUAAAUUCAGUAUGUGCUGU